AAUCUCAUCACAAUGUGAAUCUCUAUGAACCCUAAAAUGAGCAUAAAAAGAGGACCCUUUGUCUAAAACCCUUUCUCUGUAACUUUAGAAUCUAGAUCCAGAAAAGGGCGAAAACGAAGGCGAAGAACAAGGAAGAUAAACCCUAGUUUUAUUUUUCCUUCUUCAUCAUUUUCUUACUGUGAUGGGGGAAGGAAGGGGUUCAACACUGGUUCAUAUCCUAGUGGUUGCAUUGAGCUUAGUGGCAUUUGGGUUUGCAAUUGCUGCUGAACGGAGGAGGAGUACUGGUUCAAUUGUUAAGGAUCCAAAGACUAACGAUUCAUACUGUGUUUAUAACUCUGAUGUAGCUACUGGUUAUGGGGUUGGCGCAUUUUUGUUCUUAUUGGCUAGUGAAUCAUUGCUUAUGGGGAUUACUAAGUGUAUGUGUUUCGGGAGACCUUUAGCACCUGGGAGCAAUCGGGCUUGGUCGAUUAUCUAUUUUGCAUGUUCCUGGAUGACUUUUCUGGUUGCUGAGGCGUGUGUUAUUGCUGGGGCAACGAAGAAUGCGUAUCAUACUAAGUACAGGGGAGCGAUUUAUGCGCAGAAUUUGACUUGUGAGACUUUGCGUAAAGGUGUGUUUAUUGCUGGAGCUGUGUUUGUUGUUGCUACGAUGAUUCUGAAUGUCUACUUUUAUAUGUACUUUGUCAAGGCUACAACUCAGGCUGCUAAGAUAACUAAACGAGCUAGCUCGACUGUUGGGAUGACUAGUUACCCAUAGGGCAGCGACGGAUUAUGAGCACUGAGAAUCUGAGAUGUAGUUUAUGUUUUUUUAUCUGAAAGUUGAAUGAGAAGGUGAUGUAAAUGGUUGGUUGUUGUUGUUAUAGUUAUUGUUAUAGAGCUCUCUGCCAAUGAGUAUGUUAGUAGUCGCACAACUAAAGAUUCAUGUAGUGAGGUGCAAAAAAUAGAAUCUAUUUAUUAUUUGAAACAUGGAAAUGUUGCUCAUACUUUAUUUGAUACUUGAGAUGUUUGCAAUUUAAUAGUAGAUUGUUAAUUUGAUA